UCGUGUCACACACACUGGUUUGUUAAUUGUGAAGCAUUAACAAUGGACAUGUAUAAAUAGAGAGAGUCUUGAGGCAGUGGUUUGCACCUAAAUCCCAUCUUCUAUCUUCUUCAUUCUCUGAGAGAGUAGUGAAGAGAGUAACCAAUGGCUUCUUAUUCCUCCUCAUUUAUUAGAACCAUCACUAUCUGUGUGUUUGUGGUCCUGGUUGUUGGGAUGGCCUCUGCUCAGCUAUCAUCUACUUAUUAUAACAGUUCAUGUCCCAACGCCCUCUCAACCAUCAAGUCUGCGGUCAAUUCUGCAGUGGCCAAUGAACGUCGAAUGGGCGCUUCCCUUCUUCGUCUACAUUUCCAUGAUUGCUUUGUCAAUGGUUGCGAUGCAUCUAUUCUGUUGGACGACACAGCAAACUUCACCGGAGAGAAGACGGCAAAACCGAAUAACGGAUCAGUCCGAGGAUUCGAUGUGAUCGACACCAUCAAAUCCAAAGUUGAGAGCAUCUGCCCUGGUGUUGUCUCCUGUGCUGAUAUUGUUGCCGUUGCUGCUCGUGACUCUGUUGCCGCUUUGGGUGGCCCUUCCUGGACUGUUCAGCUAGGAAGAAGAGAUUCAACCACAGCAAAUUUAAGCACUGCAAACAGUGACAUACCUGCACCGACCUUGAAUCUUAGUGGGCUCAUCUCUGCCUUCUCCAAUAAAGGUUUAACUGCUAAGGAAAUGGUGGCUCUCUCAGGAUCUCACACCAUAGGCCAAGCUAGGUGCACAAAUUUCAGAGCUCGCAUCUACAAUGAGACCAACAUAAAUACAUCCUUUGCAUCAUCGCUGAAGUCGAAUUGCCCGAGCAACGGCAGUGACAACAAUCUCUCCCCCCUUGACGCCAUAAGCCCAACUAGCUUUGAUAAUGCUUAUUACAAGGACCUGGUGAGCAAGAAGGGGUUGUUACACUCCGAUCAACAGCUCUACAAUGGUGGCUCCACAGAUUCUCAAGUUACUACCUACAGUAGAAGCUCCUCCAGUUUCUUAACUGAUUUUGCAAAUGCGAUGGUGAAGAUGGGAAACCUCAGUCCACUCACGGGGACUAACGGGCAGAUCAGAACCAAUUGUAGGAAGACCAACUAAUACCGAUCAGCCCUUCUUGUCCAGCUUUACCUUUCCUUCUUUUUCCUAAUCUUAUGGUCUUUGUAACUUUUUUCCCCCUUGGUUGUAUUACAAGAGUCCAAAUCCUCUCCAAUACGCUGGACGUCCAACCUGACAUCUAGGGCUCGGAGUAUCCCAGUACACACCCCUUAAUAAAAAUAAGAAUUUAUUAGGCUGGAAUUCUAGUUAUAAGCAUACUAGAGACCCAUUUUGUUGUU